UCCGUCACGGGUCGCGCACCCGCCUGGGCUCCCAAGGCCAGCGAGGAGGGAAUGGGGGAGGACACGCGCCGGAGCUAGGCCUCUGCAGACCCCCGGGGCUGGCGACUGUUGCUAGGUGACGGGCCUGCUGGCUGAGAGCUGGGCUGGCCGGGCGGUGGGCGCCCGGGCCGAGCCGAGCUGGGCGAGCGAGCUCCGGGAAGCGGAUCGGAGAGGCCCGAGUCCCCGGAAGAGGCCUUCCAGUGACGGGAGACCCGGGGCUGGAGCCGUCUGCCCCAGGGAGAGCUCCCGCCUCCGGCUCUGGAGCUCGGGUUUCCGUGGUGGAGCUCUUGGUUGUCUUUUGGGAAAUUGGAUACUACUCCAGGACUGGGUGAGACAGGUAACUAUAACUACCCAAUAUUGCAGCCAUGGAGUCCAUGCUUAGUAAGUUGAAGAGUACUGUUACAAAAGUAACAGCUGACGUCACUAGUGCUGUAAUGGGAAAUCCUGUCACUAGAGAAUUCGAUGUUGGUCGACACAUUGCCAGUGGUGGCAAUGGGCUAGCCUGGAAGAUUUUUAAUGGAACAAAAAAGUCAACAAAACAGGAAGUGGCUGUUUUUGUCUUUGACAAAAAGCUGAUUGACAAAUAUCAAAAAUUUGAAAAGGAUCAAAUCAUCGAUUCUCUAAAACGAGGAGUCCAACAAUUAACUCGACUGCGACACCCUCGACUUCUUACUGUCCAGCAUCCUUUAGAAGAAUCCAGGGAUUGCUUGGCAUUUUGUACAGAACCAGUUUUUGCUAGUUUAGCCAAUGUUUUAGGUAACUGGGAAAAUCUACCUUCCUCUGUGUCUCCAGACAUUAAGGAUUAUAAACUUUAUGAUGUAGAAACCAAAUAUGGUUUGCUUCAGGUUUCUGAAGGAUUGUCAUUUUUGCAUAGCAGUGUGAAAAUGGUUCAUGGAAAUGUUACACCUGAAAAUAUAAUUUUGAAUAAAAGUGGAGCCUGGAAAAUAAUGGGCUUUGAUUUUUGUGUAUCAUCAACCAAUCCUUCUGAACAAGAGCCAAAGUUUCCUUGUAAAGAAUGGGACCCAAAUUUACCAUCAUUGUGUCUUCCAAAUCCUGAAUAUUUGGCUCCUGAAUACAUACUUUCUGUGAGCUGUGAAACAGCCAGUGACAUGUACUCUUUAGGAACUGUCAUUUAUGCUGUAUUUAACAAAGGGAAACCUAUAUUUGAAGUUAACAAGCAAGAUAUUUACAAGAGUUUCAGUAGGCAGUUGGAUCAGUUGAGUCGUUUAGGAUCCAGUUCACUCACAAAUAUACCUGAGGAAGUCCGUGAACACGUAAAACUACUGUUAAAUGUAACUCCAACUGUAAGACCAGAUGCGGAUCAGAUGACAAAGAUUCCCUUCUUUGAUGAUGUUGGUGCAGUAACACUGCAGUAUUUUGAUACCUUAUUCCAAAGAGAUAAUCUUCAAAAAUCACAGUUUUUCAAAGGACUGCCAAAGGUUCUACCAAAACUGCCCAAGCGUGUCAUUGUGCAGAGAAUUUUGCCUUGUUUGACUUCAGAAUUUGUAAACCCUGACAUGGUACCUUUUGUUUUGCCCAAUGUUCUACUGAUUGCUGAAGAAUGCACCAAAGAAGAAUAUAUCAAAUUAAUUCUACCUGACCUUGGCCCUGUCUUUAAACAGCAGGAGCCAAUCCAGGCUAGCAACAUGAUUUUGUUAAUUUUUCUACAAAAAAUGGAUUUGCUACUAACCAAAACUCCUCCUGAUGAGAUAAAGAACAGUGUUCUCCCAAUGGUUUACAGAGCAUUAGAGGCUCCUUCCAUUCAGAUCCAGGAACUCUGUCUAAACAUCAUUCCAACCUUUGCAAAUCUUAUAGACUACCCCUCCAUGAAAAAUGCUUUGAUACCAAGAAUUAAAAACGCAUGUCUACAAACAUCUUCCCUUGCUGUUCGUGUAAAUUCAUUAGUGUGCUUAGGAAAGAUUUUGGAAUACUUGGAUAAGUGGUUUGUACUUGAUGAUAUCCUGCCCUUCUUACAACAGAUUCCAUCCAAGGAACCUGCAGUCCUCAUGGGAAUUUUAGGCAUUUACAAAUGUACUUUUACUCAUAAGAAGUUGGGAAUCACCAAAGAGCAGCUGGCUGGAAAAGUAUUGCCUCAUCUGAUUCCCCUGAGUAUUGAAAAUAAUCUGAAUCUCAAUCAGUUCAAUUCUUUCAUUUCCGUCAUAAAAGAGAUGCUUAAUAGAUUGGAGUGUGAACAUAAGACUAAACUGGAGCAGCUUCAUAUAAUGCAAGAACAGCAGAAAUCUUUGGACAUAGGAAACCAAAUGAAUCCUUCUGAGGAGACAAAAGUUACAAAUGUUGGGUCUCAGCAGAUUGACAAAGUCUUUAACAACAUUGGAGCAGACUUUCUGACUGGUAAUGAACCAGAAAAUAAAGAGGAUGGGUUACAGAAUAAACAUAAAAGGGUAUCACUUACACUUGAAGAAAAACAAAAAUUAGCAAAAGAACAGGAGCAGGCACAGAAAUUGAAAAGCCAGCAGCCUCUUAAACCUCAAGUGCACACGCCCGUUGCUCCAGUCAAACAGACCAAGGACUUGACAGACACGUUGAUGGAUAAUAUGUCGUCUUUGACCAGCCUUUCUGUUAGUACCCCUAAAGUUUCUGCUUCGAGUACCUUCACUUCUGUUCCUUCCAUGGGCCUUGGCAUGAUGUUUUCUACCCCAAUCGAUAACACAAAGAGGAACAUGACAAAUGGCCUAAACGCUAACAUGGGCUUUCAGACUUCAGGAUUCAGCGUGCCGGUGAAUACAAACCAGAACUUCUUCAGUGGUCCAAGCACGCCUGGCGUGACCACGAUGGCACUGGGCACACCUUCCACUCUGCCAAACUUCAAUGCUGUGAGUGUUCCUCCUGCUGGCACAAAGCCGACUCAACAGAGACCCACAGAUAUGUCUGCUCUUAAUAAUCUCUUUGGCCCUCAGAAACCCAAAGUUAGCAUGAACCAGUUAUCACAACAGAAACCCAAUCAGUGGCUUAAUCAGUUUGUACCUCCUCAAGGGUCUCCUGGUAUGAGCAGCUCAGUGAUGGGAACACAGAUGAACAUGAUAGGACAACCUGCCUUUGGUAUGCAGGCUAAUCCUUUCUUUAACCCACAGAACUUUGCACAGCCACCAACCACUAUGACUAACAGCAGCUCAGCUAGCAAUGAUUUAAAAGAUCUUUUUGGGUGAGAUGUCUUGCUCCUAUUUUUGAAGGAUUACUUCAAUUUUAAUCAUGGGUGAGCUGCUUUCCAUCUUUAUAUAGUUGGUUUGGAGGAACUACUUCUAUGGGAGAAGUGAAUGGUUCUAAGAAAACACCUGUUUCCAUGCCACCAUAGUAGUUGUGUGGACUCCUAACAGUUGAGUUUUUUAAAGCAUUGAGGAUUUUUUUUCCUCUUACCAACUUCACUUCAGGUUUUUAAAAGACCAACCCUUACCAAUCUCAAAGAGAAAAAAAGAUACUUGAGUAUCUUGAAAAGCAGAAUUUUUUAAUCAAAUGUUUAUUUUGGCUUGUAAAUCUUAGUGUUAUUUAAAACAUUGAGUUGAUGGUCAUUGCAAGUUUUAUCUAUUAAAUACUACAUGGUACAGUCUGCCUUCACAAGUCAUUAGUCUUCAUUUUAAUAUGUGAAAAAUCUUGAUGCUGUAUUGAUUUGUUUGCAUUUAGCAUAGCUGAGUGAGUAAGUGAUAAACAUAAUGACAAAAAAAUCAGGUCACUUGCUUUUUCCAAUCUUAUUUACUUCUCAGGUGAACUAAUGUUUAGUACUGAGAAAGUAAUUGCAAAUGUUUAGACUGAGCAAAUAAUACAAAAAUUUAAUGUUGAUUUCAUUGGUUCAAACUAAAGGCAUUAUUAACCAUCUUAAAUGCAAACUAAUCAUUGUAAAUUAUAUUUUAGCAUGGUCUGCCUCAAAUAGUAAUGUAUUUUUCUGCAUUGUAUAUAUUUAGAUUCACUUUUUUCCUACGGUGUCACAGACAGAAGAGGUGUGUACUGAUUUGUACAGAUACUUGACAAAGCCCUCUGAUGUGAUUUCCCUGACUACUGCCUUCAUAUUUCAUUUUGAUUUCAAAAUUCUGAGGUUGCAGCAUAUACGAAUUGCAUUUUCAAAAGGAGAUUUGUAAGAAUUAAACUAUAUUUAAUGAGUAACCUUUUGAGAUUUCUGCUGUUUUGUUUCAAAUAUAAUAAACUUUACUUCUAUACAAAUGAGCAGUUGUAUCUUCUGGCUACUAAGAGAUUAAUUUUGAGCUUACCAUGAUAAAGUCUGACCUCAUCAAUUACUGCAACUGAAGUUUACUUCUUUUCUAGGAAUUUCAGAAACCUUUUGUUUGAACAUUAUAAUUAGCUAUUUUUAGGAAGGAAAGAAAUUCUAAUAGGAAACAUGCUUUAUUUUUCAAAGCCUUUGAUAUUUUUCUUUGGUUUGCUCAUUAUUCAUUCAAUCACGGAUGGAGCCUUGUGCUAUAAAUGUCAUUUGUAUUUUGUUAAGUUAUAUUCCACUGUUAUGAUAACUUGAAAGUGAUCAUUCAGAGAAUUGUAUAUAUAUUAUAGUUGCCGCCAUAGUUUGCGGUUUUUAAAUAUCUGAAACCAGCAGUUAUUUAAAAUAAAUCAUAUGUAGUUUAGUGUGCUAAUACUAAACUUAUUCAUUGAAAUACAUAUAUACAUACUAAAUAUAUCAUUGACUAUACAGUACUUGAUUAUAAAAUGUAAUUUGCUAAUAAUGUUGCUGGCAGCAUUCAGUAAGAGGAUACUUAAAAGUCAGCUGUACGUCUGGUUUCUGUAUGAGCUGUACUUUGUUACAUGGUUUUAAAAAAAGGACAAAAAGGAAUGCUGAAGAUACUUAUCCAAAAAAUGAGACGCACUAGGAAGAUAAAGUGUUUCUGUCAAGUACAUUCACACCUUGACCAGAUUGUUUUGUUUGUAACGCAACAUUAAUGUCUCUCUAGAGAAAAGUUUACAUAGGGAAUAAAAUUGCUUAAUGCUAAUGAAUUUUUCUUUGUAACAAUUCAGUGGUCACUGUUUAUUAGGAAAUUGCUUUUUAUUUUGUAAAAUAACUUAGCGUGUUGAAUUUCUAAUUAGAAAGAAAGCUUAAUGUAACAACAUAUAAUUUGAACUUCUAAAUAUAAAAGUAGGUUAUUUGAAAAAAUAUAAUAUGUAAUUCUUAGGUAAUUUUCACAUCUUGAAAUUUGCUCAUUGAGGUAAUGGUGCUACAUUUUUAGUAAUUUUUUUCUUAUACUUCUUUUCUACUUUCUUGAAGGUAUUUCUAUCGAUUGAACUGUUAUCAUUGCCUUUUUCUGUUGAGAAAUUGCCUCUAAAAAAUAGUUCUAUUUUUAGGUUCGUAUUUCUAUGUGGACAAAAUUUUGAAAGCACUAGAUCACCUUAAAAUUAUUUCAGAUAUUGACAGCAUUUUAAGUCCCUUGUGCUUAGGAGUAAGAAAAUGGGUAGUUUAAAAAGCAUCUGUAGUCACAAAUUACAAGAACGAUUCCCUUUUAUUUGAAUUGGUUCUUCUAAUGCUAAAGUGUUGGACAUAUGUAGAGGAUGUAUAAAAGGAAAUGGAAAUAGACUGUGUACUUGAUUGGGUUGGAUUUGUUUGUUUUUACUUUGGAAUGCUUAUAACCCUUCUUUUCACCUGAAUAAGUUAAGGAAGUAGGUUUUUGUUACGUUGGUGUUUUUGUUUUUGUUUUUAACCUGUAAAAUACCUCAUGUGGUUGCUUUUACAUAUUAAAGGAAAAUGGUAUAUGUGAAAGUACCUAUAGUAAGCACAGAGUAUGCACCGAAUAAAUUUUAGCUUUGAUGAAUAAAACUUUCCAUAUGAA